ACCUGACACGCGAUUCCACCUGACACGCGUUUGGCAGGCAGCUGGAGACCAUGAGCUACCUGAGCCACCUGAGCCCCGGACUGAUUUCAGCCUACAACAGUCUGACCGACAAACACCUCGCUGGAUACUUCAGCAACACUCGCAUCAGAAGACACUUGCAGAGAGCAGGACUGAUCACCAGGAGUGGCCGAAUCGUUCCAGACAAAGAGUACAGACACAAGCUGAGCCAGAGAGCCCACCAGAGACAUGUUCGGGAAUGUCUCGCCCAGGCCAUUUUCUUCAAGGUGCUGGAGAUGGAGCGUCUCCAUCAAAUCGAGAUCAAAAGGAAACUGGAGGAGUUUGCGAGUAGGGACCGAGUGCACAAGAUCAAGGUGGAGCGCUCCAGAAGGUAUGAAGACGACAUCAUCCCCAUCCUGUCUCCACACCCACCCAUGGGUGUCAGGGGUUUCCGGAAGCAGCACUCUGGACCCGAGGGGGAGCACUCCGAGUCCUCCGAGUCCCUGGGAUCGUCUCGACCCAACACAGCUCCAGGGAAGAUGCAGAGGCCAGUGCGUCUGAAGCCGAUCCACAGUAACGGCACCACGGCUUCACUGAGACGCAGCUCCCCUUACAGGCUCCAAGAGUCCUCCAAUGAGAACGAUCAGCUGUUCAACUGCACGAUGAACAAGGAGUCGCGGAGACGUUUGACUACAAUGGAGACCUCCAAUGACAUCUCCCCCUACCGCCUCCCUGUCAUCAACAACUUUGUUGUUACCCCAGUGCCUCCAGCCAUAAAGAGGAAAGAGAGAGGGCUCAAGGUCACUCCCAGUGGCGGCACGCUCAGAGGCCGCAGACUGCGCCCCCCCACUGCCACCAGUGGUGCUAACGUCACCGAGGACCCCCCCAUGCUGAGGAGCUCUGUGCACCACAGCAGGGUGUGUGUGAACAUGGUGUACUUUGGCAAAACGGUGCAUCUCUCCCACGACCUGACCGACAUGAGGGACGAUGUGAAAGUGUUCCAGCAGCACUGCGGAGGAGAGAACCUGUCUGUGUAUAAAGGAAAGCUCCGCGAGGGAGAGUCCUUCCAGUUCCUUUCGAAGCGACACAGAGGCUUCCCCUUCAGUUUGACCUUCUUCCUGAACGGGCUGCAGGUGGAGCGGCUGAGCUCCUGCUGCGAGUUCAGACACAGGAAAGGCUCCAGACUUGGUGGCAGACACGGACACUUUGGCUUCGUCAGCGUAGAGGGGGCAUCGCCCUGCUAUAAGUGCAUCAUAGCGAUGGGAUUGGACAAAAAACCCACACCACCACCAAAGAGGGUGAAAGAGGAGGGAAGAAGAGAGGAGUCGGUCAUCAGCCCGAAAGAUGCUCCUGAGAUGGAAACAGAAAUGAUCGGAGAGGAUGCUGCCUCCCAGUCCGACUGUGAAAGAGGUCCUCCACAGGAAGUGGAGUGUCGAGUCAAAGAGACACAUGUCACUGUGCAGAGCAGAGUCAGAGAUGAUUAUGAAGAAGAUUUUGAAGCAGACGAUGAGGGCCCUGUGGAAGAGGCGAAAGAAGAGAAAUCCCCAUCUCCCUCCAGUGACACUGAGACACAGGUUAAAGAGAUAGAUGCAUCGGAGACUGAAGACGAUGAGAAGGACGACGACAUCAAGUCUCGUUCAGGCUCCAGCUGUACAAGUAGCGACCAGGAGGCGAGUGAUGAUGAAGCCACACAAGACCACAGAGAGAAAGCGGAGCAGACUUCGGUGGUUGAUGAAGACGAAACUGUUGCUCCACCAGAUGAGAAAGAUGAACUGUAUCCGGAAGAAGCAGCUGCGACUCAGGCUGCGUGUGGUGCGGCUAUAGACCCGGACUUACAGCACAGUGCGGGGGACAGCACAGAGAUUGACAUCUCUGACACCAGUGUCCCCUUGGGGCAGGAGCUCAAACCUAGUGAUGACACCUCGGGAGAAAAGGAGGAGGUGAAAACAGAGGAUGAGGGCAAACAGGAGGAGCAGGGGCCGGAGAGGGCUAAAUCUGUGCAGGAGAAACUGGUGGAGGCCAUCCUGAAGGAGUCGCAGUGCAGCUCUGAGCCCGAACUGAGCGACACCAGCACAGAGGAGGAGGAGGAGGCCACCGAUAAAGAGCAGCAACCAAAUCUCGCAGAGGAGCUGAAAUGUGCAGAAAGUGUUGUUGAAGCUGAAGUUGUUGAAGAUCAGGAGGAGACAUCUGAGCCAAAAGAACAGGAGGAGGAUGGAACAGAAAAAGAGCUUCAUGAGAACAGGGAUAGCACCAAAAAUGAGCUGGACAAACAACUGGAGGAAGAUGAUGAAAAGCCUGCGUCAGAAGAAGAAGAAGAGAAGUUUGAAGGGAACAUGACACCAGAAAACCCAGCCUCAGAACCUGAGGAGGGUACAGAAGCUAAAUGCAACGAUUCGGAAGCUGCACAGAAAGAUGUAGAGGGUGAGGAGAAAACUGGAGAAGCAGAGGAGGCGGAUGAAUCAUCGGUAUCGGAGCUGGAUAGAAAGACCGACGAGACAGCGGUGUCGGAGGAUGCAGAGGAAGAGACGAUGACAGUGAGCGAGGCAGUGGAGAUGAAAGUGGAGCCCUCAGAGGAGCGAGAGGCCCUCAGCUGUGAAGAGGCACCUGCGAGUGACACAGAGGAGAGGCAGCAGGGAGACAGCACGGCAGCAUCACGAGCAGAAGUCACGACGGAGGAUUCGAGCAGCUCGCUGGAGGGGAGCGCAGACACCACAGUGGAAAACACAGCAGAUAUUAGUGAAGACAGUGUAAAGGACGAGGGCAGUAAAGAUGAGGUCAAAAAGGAAGAAGCAGAGCUAGUGAGUAAGGAUGGGAAUCGGCAAGAUGAAGGGUUGGGAGGAGAGCAGAGAGAAAAGUCUGUGGAAACAUAUGAUGAGGUCGAGAAGGAGAAAUCUGAGGGGGAAAGUAAGGAAGCAGAAGGUGAACAUCGUGGAGAAAGGGAAGAGAAUGAAAAAGAUAAAAAAGAGGAAGAGGGCAAAGAUGAAAGUAAGAAAGAAGAAAUUAUAGAAGAUGAGGCAAAUGUUGUAGAAGAUACUAGAACUGACUCAAGCCCUGAAAGGCAGACAAAUGAAGAACCUGCUGAUGAAGAAGAUGAAGUUGCACAUGAAGAGAAAGCAGAAGAAUCAGAAAAAGACAAGGGUAGUGAAAGUGUUGAGAUUAAAAAUGACGAGGAGGAAUCUGAAGCAAAGGAACCCGUGAUUGAUCAAACCAGUGAAUGUGAAGAAGUAAAGGAGAUGAAGGCAGAGAGGGAUGAAGAAAAGGUUGAGGAAGCAGAAAAAGAAGAGAGAAAUGAGGAAGAACAAAUGGAAUCUGAAAAGAGUAAAGAUGACAAUGAGAAAGCUGAAGAGGGAGAAGAAAAGUCUGCGAUUAGCGUAGAACCUGAGAAAAUUACUGAUGACGAGAAGACAUCUGGCAAAAAUACAGCUGAGUCAGAAGACGUCAGCGAAACAGCAGAUGGAAAUAAAACGACUGAACACACGGUGGAGUCUGAAGAUGCUAAGAAAGAAACUGAAGGAGCGAGUUCCAACAGUGAGAGAGGAGAAAUUGAUGGUGAAAAUGGAGAGAUUUCAACCGGAGGGGAAAGAAAUAGUCAUAAUGAUGAAGAGAUGGAAGCCUCAAAGGAGGAGAGUAAUGAUGAGAAAGCCGCCGAGCGUGUUGGAGACGGAAGAAUAACAGAGGAACCGACUGAGGGGGGAAGUGCGGAGGUUAAAGAAGCAGACUCUGGAGAUUGUGCUGGAAAACAUCACGAUGAGGACGAGGUAGAGCAGGAUCAUGGAACCGAUGCGUCAGAAGGUGAAGCUCAGGAAAGAGACGACAGUGAUAAACAAGAGGAAACCGCUCAAAAAGAUCCUGAGCAAGAGAGCGAAGAAAGGGAGAUAACAGAGGAAUCUAAACCAGGUCCCAUGGAUACUGACAGACAGCAAAUGAAACAACAAGACGAAAAUGGCAACAAACCUGAACUCAGUGAGAACAGAGAUUCAGACUUGAUCGAAAGUAUCGACAGUAAGACCAACGAGGAUGAGGCACAAUCUUCAGCACCCACAGAUGACGGUUUAGGUGGUACAAGUCGUAAAUUAGACGAGUCCACCGCAACAUCUGACAAAACAACAUGCUCUGAUCAACUCGCUGCUGUCGCCAAUGGAGAAAACGGAGAGGACGCGGAGGAGGCGAGCAAGGCCUCGGAGGAGGGAGCAAGUGUGCUGCUCAAACCUCAGGCACAAAACGAGGAGGCUCCUAAUGCAGAAGAGAGCGUCGCAGUGGAUGAAGACGCUCCAGAGGCCCUGGUGGCAGAAGACAGCAGAGAUCUGGUCACAAACUGGGUAAACACGCAUCAAAUGUCAAAGGACUUCGAGACAUUUGUCGAACCCUUAGAGGAUUUGAAGGAAGAGGCGUCACAUGUCCAAGUGAACAGUAGAGAAGAGACGAUAUCUACAGAGCUGCUGAGGUUAGAGACUCCACCUGAGGUGAUGAAGAAGAGUGAAGAGGAGGAAAACGAACAAAUACACAAAGUUGAAAGUGAAGAAAAACUGGAAGCUGUAGAGUCGGAGAUUGAGAGCAAACCCUGUGAAGAUGAACCUCAGAGCGACGCGAUCAAAGAUACGACCGAGGAGAAAGAGGAGACUGAGGUGGAGGAAUUAAACCAGAUGAUCCAGACUGAAGAAAAUGACGAAGAGUCUUCAGAUGGACAGAGAAAACGAAGCAAGGAAUCUCUAGAGGAAGACGAGGAUCAAAAAGGACCAACAAAGACGCAAAGUGAUGUUUCAAAGACUGAAGUGGAAAGCAUAGCCGGUACUCACCAUUCUGCUGCCAGUCUCAAAGCUGAGAGUGUCACCGAGAGGCAAAGUGAAGAGAAAACUUCUGCUCAUGAUCCAGAAAAAGCAACAGAAACUGAAGAGAUAAAAUAUCUCCGACCUGCGUCCAAAACAGACGAGGACAAUGAGCGCCCAGCGAGUCCAGGUGGAGCCAAAGAUUCAGAGGAAUCAUCGGGGAGAACACAGGAGCAGAGUCGAGAAGUGACGGAAAUAACUGAUUUUACAACGUCCAAGUCGGACGAUGGAAGCCAAGAGGAGUCCCAGGACGGAGGGAUCCGGCCCAAACCGUCCGGCGGCAGCCUGAACGGAGAGAGAAGGGAUGUGCAUCUGAUCAAAGACAUCAAACGCACCCUGAGCAAAGACAGACUGAGUUCUUUCUCCGUGGAUGAGACGCUGUUUGGGAGCAGCUUGAAUCCUUUGCUGAGCGCAGCGAGGACGGAGAGUUGACGCUAGAGUGGCUGGCACUAAGGAACAGUGACUCUUCAA